UGGGUGUUGGGUUACAGAGUAUCUGCUCGCUGAGUUGCAGGACAUUGCAGAAACACUUGUUCGUGGUGCUGGUAUUGUUGUAGAAGGGAGUCUGAUUUGUAGAGACAGUAACUGCUUGUGGUCUUUGAAUCUGAUAUACAAGCAUGAAGCUUGAGGUGCCAGAAACCUUUGAAGAUGUUGCUGUUGAUUUUUCAAGGGAAGAGUGGAAAAUGCUAAGCCGUCAGGAAAAAGAAAUUUACAAGGAAGUGAUGAUACAGAACUAUAAGAACAUGGUGUCAGUAGGGUACAACAUCCCAAAGAAACAUCUGUUAUCACUGAUUGACAAAUAUGAAAAACUCAUACCUGAAUCUAAAGAAACUCCUCAAUGCUUCUGCAGAGGAGCACAUUACUGCAUAAACCCAUGUCAGAUUAUAUUGCAGAGGGUACGCAUGAAUCCAGAAUUUGUCAAGAACUUCACAGGUCAGAUGUCUUCCACAAGUGAACAAAUGGUUCAAACUAGAUGCAGAAAUAUGGAACAUAACAGCCCCUUUAGCCAGGAAAAUGUAGUAAAAACGCAUCUGCAAACUAAUAAAGUAGACAGAUUAUCUGAAUGUGAUGAUUUUAAGAAGAGUCUUGCAUUUUCUACUAGCCUCGCAACAUGUUGUUCGACUGCUACUAGGGCCUCAUGUAGAAAUCUUAUCCAUAGCUUCAAUAACAAUCCCAAAACAUUUGAUGAAAAACAUGAAGAGGGCAAAAAUAAAGAGAACCUGGCAUCAAAGGAAAGGCAAGGAAUAAUAAAAAUCUAUACGUCUGUAGCAUGUGACACAAUUUACACACCAAAGGACCACUCUGAUGGUAAAGAGGAUUUCCAAACUACAGAGAAGUCACAUACUUGUGACAGUAGCUUUAUAAAGAAGGACCAGCGAGGAUCUUAUAGUGAAGUCCAGACUGAAAAGAAGCCCUCAGAAUACAAUAUGAGCUUUACAAAGAAGAGCCAAGUCACAUUUAGUGAGAAAGGCAGCAUUGAGAAGAGGAAAAAAAAAUCUGCAUCAUCUGACAAGAGUUAUCAUGGGAAGAGCUGCCUCACAUGCCAUGAGAAAAGCCACAGUGAGAAGAAGACAUAUAAAUGUGCAGCAUGUGGCAAGAGCUUUCAGUGGAAGAGCCUUCUCACAUAUCAUCAGAAAACCCACACAAUGGAUAAACUAUAUAAAUGUGCAAUAUGUGACAAGAGUUUUCAAACAGUGGUCCGACUAAUAUGCCAUAAGAAAAGCUAUACACACUUGAAGAAGUUAAAAAGAAAUUAUCAAUUUAAAUGCAUAAAACGUGGCCUGAGUUUUAGACACAAGAAGUAUCUUACAUGCCAUGAAAACACUCAUGCCAAGGAAAAGCCAUUUAAAUGUAUUACAUGUGGCAAGAGUUUCAUGUGGAAAUCAGGGCUUGCAAGCCAUAAGAAAAUUCACAUGGAAGAGAAGCUAUAUAAAUGUGCAACAUGUAACAAAAGUUUCAGAACAAAGAAGAACCUAAAUCAUCAUCUAAAAACCCCAGCCCACACUGGGGAGAAGCCACAUAAAUGUGUCACAUGUGACAAGAGGUUUACCUGGAAAUCCAUGCUUACUUACCAUGAGAAAACCCACUUUGAGAAACUUAAUAGAGAGAAGCUACAUAAAUGUGCAACGUGCAACAAGAGUUUUCGAACAAAGAAUAAAUUAAAACGUCAUUUUGGAAUCCACACUGGGGAGAAGCCAUACAAAUGUGUUGCAUGCGGCAAGUGUUUUCUUUGGAAAACUGCACUUGAAUACCACAAGAAAAUCCACACUGGAGAGAAGCCAUAUAAAUGUGCAACAUGCAACAAGAGUUUUAGAGCAAAGGGCAAAUUAACAUACCAUGAGAAAAUCCAUACUGGUGAAAAGCCAUAUAAGUGUGCAUUAUGUGGAAUUGGUUUUAGACAUAAAGACCAACUUGCAUACCACGAGAAAACGCAUACUGGCCAAGAACCAUUUAAAUGUCUCGCAUGUGGUAAGAGUUUUAUGAGGCAGUCUUUUCUCACAGACCAUGAGAAAGCCCACACUGGGGAGAAACAGUAUAAAUGUACAAUAUGUGACAAGAGUUUUGCACUCAAAACAAGCUUUGCAUACCAUAAGAAAACUCACUCUGGGAAGAAGCCACAUAAAUGUGUAACAUGUGGCAUGUGUUUUAUAGAAAAGAGCCAACUCACAAGCCAUGAGAGAAAGCACACUGGGGAGAGGCCACAUGAAUGUGCAACAUGUGGUCUGAGGUUUAGAAAGAAGGACAAACUCCAAGGCCAUGAGAGAAUCCACACUGGGGAGAAACCAUAUAAAUGUGCAAAAUGUGGACUGAGUUUUAGAAUAAAAAACCAACUCACAUACCAUGAGAGAACCCAUGCUGGGACAAUGCCAUUUAAAUGUGCCACAUGUGGGAAAAGCUUUGUAUGGAAGCAUGAGCUGACAUACCAUUUAAGAACCCACACUGAGGAGAGACCAUUUAAAUGUAUUACAUGUGACAAGACUUUUAAAUGGAAAAGCAGCCUCAUAUUUCAUGAGCGUAAGCAUACCGACAAAGCUCCAUAUAAAUGUGCAACAUGUGGCAUGAGUUUUAAAUGGAGUGAUCAGCUCAGAUAUCAUGAGGGAAUACAUGUGGGAUCAGCCAACACCAACAGUAAGGAAAGUCGAAGCAAGAAAACUAGAUAUUGUAGUCAAAGGAAAAAGGGCAGUGCUGGGGAAGAUCACGUGGAAUCUUCCAGUGCAAACAGUAAAGAAAGUCGAAGCAAGAAAAACAAAUAUUGCAGUCAAAGAAAAAAAGACAAACAUAGCAAUAAGUGAAAUAGCUACAUCUACCAACUGUAAUCUCGUGUGUACUGAGAGUCAUAAGAGUCAUUAAAUGCCAGAAUAUGCAAACUUUAACUGCACCAGUCUGGAGCAAAUGCACCCAGAUACUUCCAAUUGUAGUAAGGUUGCAGGUCCGAAUGGAGAAAUGUAAUCAGUGAGAGGGGUGUAGUAUUCACUCUCAGGUCUUGGUGAAUAUCUUUACAUGGAGGACACUGUUUUUACAAAACCUCACCAAGGCGACACUGGUAUAUAGGCUGCAAUUUAUAUAUCAUGAAAAAAGGUAGGUGAAAAAAAAGACUGGCCACACAGAUCCUAGCGUUAAAAAGUGAACAUUGCUGACAUAGGCAAUUAUGUUAGGACUGGAUGUGUAACACUGUCCGUAUGUGUAACACCAUUGAAGCCUUUGAUACUGAGUGUUUAAAUCUUAAGACCAUGUUUUUAAACAGAGGGUACCCUAGCGAGUUCAUUGAUGGUUUAAUCGAUGAAGUCUCGCUUAAGAGAGAGAACGGUUUUUAUAAACCCCUUCUUUUACAACGGAAAGUUGAUCCUUCUAUUACAUACGGGUUGGAAUUGGGAGGUUAUACAUCACCGUUUAACAUUCCUGAGGUUCAAGUUGUGUGUGAUGAACCAAGUACCUCACAAAGAACAACUAGUGUUGAUUUCAAGUCUAGUCUAGUUAUUACAUAUAACCGACAUAUCAAUGCCAUUUGUUCAAUCAUCAAGAAAAAUUGGUACUUUAUUUUGAACAACUCACAGUUAAUUGAAACUUUGGGUUUACAACCUUGCUUUGUUUUUAAGAGGGGUAACAACUUGAAAGAGUUACUUCAAUCAAGGGAAGAACCAAUAGAUUUUUAUUCUAGACAAAAUGGCACUUUUACUUGCGGUAUGUGUAAUUUGUGCAGGCUCUUAAAAGUGGGUAACUCUUUUUCAGUUAAUGGUAUUAAAUAUACCAUCAACUACAAAAUCACCUGCAACACUAAAUCUGUGGUGUACCUUGCGUUUUGUAAUUGUUGCCCAGCAUUUUAUGUUGGUAAGACGGACCGUAGAUUACGGGACCGUGUUUACCAACAUAAUUAUGCAAUUAAAAACAAAAAGGGCGACAAUGCUCUUUCUAAACAUAUCAUAAAACACACUGGACAUAGUUUUACCUAUAUGGGUAUUGAUUGUGUAAAUGUAGGUAUAAGAGGUGGACCACAACCUCUUUUACUUGAGAUUAGAGAAUUGGAAUGGCAAUUACGCCUUAAUGCCUUUUCUUAUCCAGGGCUAAACGAAGCAUGUAAUAUCCUGGCAGUAUUGAAAUAUAAAAGCUACUUAAGGUAAUAUUUUUCCUUUAUCUUCUUAUGCCC